UCCUAGAACUGUUUCACAAUGCAAAGUUUGCUGAGUUGCGACAACCUCUAGGAUAGCAUCAGCUCGCUGCCUGCCAGCAGAGUGAGAUGGGACGGACGUCAAAGGAUAAACGGGAUGUCUACUACCAUCUGGCCAAGGAGAAUGGCUGGCGGGCCCGGAGUGCCUUCAAACUACUUCAACUGGAUUAGGAAUUCCAACUCUUCCAAGGUGUGAAACGAGCCGUUGACCUGUGUGCGGCCCCAGGCAGCUGGAGCCAGGUGCUGAGCCAGAAGGUUGGGGGCCCGAGUUCCGGUCAGGUGGUGGCUGUGGACUUGCAGGCUAUGGCUCCACUCGCAGGUGUGAUACAGAUACAGGGGGACAUCACUCAGCUUUCCACUGCCAAGGAGAUCAUCCAGCACUUUGAGGGCUGCCCUGCCGACCUAGUAGUGUGUGACGGGGCUCCUGAUGUCACUGGCCUCCAUGAUGUCGAUGAGUACAUGCAGGCCCAGCUUCUGCUAGCUGCUCUCAACAUUGCUACGCAUGUCUUGAAGCUAGGAGGCUGCUUUGUAGCCAAGAUAUUCCGAGGCCGGGAUGUAUCUCUUCUCUACAGCCAGCUUCCUGUCUUCUUCUCCAGUGUGUUCUGUGCCAAGCCCAAGAGCAGCCGGAACUCCAGCAUUGAGGCCUUUGCUGUUUGCCAGGGUUAUGACCCUCCUGAGGGCUUCAUUCCAGACCUGACCAGACCCCUGCUGGACCACUCGUACGAUUUCAACCAGCUGGAUGGUCCCACCCGUAUUAUUGUGCCCUUUGUGACCUGUGGGGACCUCAGCGCCUACGAUUCGGAUCGCAGUUACCCUCUGAAUCUAGAAGAUGGCUCCGAGUACAGAUAUACUCUGCCCACACAGCCCCCCAUCUCACCCCCAUACCAGGAGGCCUGCAAGUUGAAGAAGAAUGGACAGCUGGCCAAGGAGGACUUCCCCCAAGACUGCUCCAUCAACAGAAUAGACAAGCUGUCCCAGCCUCUGACUGUUCCUCAGUGUCUUGCUCUGCUAGCCCCCAAGGUGGAAGACAAUGAAAUGAAUUGUUCAUCUAAACACGUUAAGGAUUUGCAGUAAAACUCAAAGUAAUACAACUCAGAAGCUGCUGCCUGUCAGAAAAACCAGAAGCUGGCUUGAGGAGUUUGCUAGCCUAGAGUGGAGAUCUGCAACAACUCCAUGACAACAAAGAACCCGAGGAAGUCUGCAGAGCUGCAGUAGGAAUUUCUGGAGACUGUGAGCACACGCCUCUUCUUUCAGCCUCUCCUGGGGUGUCCUGAAUAGGUUCAGGAUUUCCUCUCCCCCGCAAAGUGGGGGUUCUUACCAUGGAUAACCAUCAGGGACCUCCACCAACUUGAUGGAGAACAGUGUUACACCUUCACUCUAACUGAAGUUCAGCUUUACUUAUUCCCAGUCAAUGAACAUUGGCAACCAAUCAAUGGUAAAAGCCCUACCUAUGCAAGUCCCUUCCCUUUUAUGGUACAGUUUACAGGCAUCUGAAAUACUGCUCGUAUUUCUCACUGCUUUGGAUAAUAGCAGAUUUUAUAAAUCAAUCCUAUAAUUAAACAUCCCGUCUAUUACUGCA